AUGGCCAAUAACAGCCCCACCGAUUAUAAGAAACUCUUUUUGCAGGAAGAAGAGAGACGGAAGCAGGCUGAAGAGCGAGAGAAGCAGGCUGAAGAGCGAGAGAAGCAGGCUGAAGAGCGAGAGAAGCAGGAAAGGGAGCGCAAUCGACGAACGACAUUUGCAGAACUCCUGCGCUUCUGCCAUAGCUUACUUUCCCGACCAUUGAGAGUCGAAACACCAUCUCGCUCGACUACAGGGAACAUACCUCUUCCCACCGGAAAAUACUGUCCGACACGACUAGCACUAUGGACCGAUUUUUCAUCUCGACAGCAAGAGAUAUAUAGCUCUGUGUGUAACUACCUCCAGCCAACCGAGGAAGCCCGAGCACGAUUGUUUACCCCCUUGAUUGCGCUUGAGGAGGAUGCUAGACGAUUCGGUCUCCGCCCAAUUAGUAGUGAACAAGGUCUCGAGGACUAUGAGCGAAUCGCCGUGGAAGAUCACGUCCGUGAUAUCAUUGCAGAGCUAUGCAAAAUCGACGCUGCCCGAGACGAGUUCGGACUUGGAGACGGAAUUUGGUUCGACAAUCACACCAACUCUUUUAAUCCACGAGGCGGUAGCGAAGCAAAUGCAAACCAACCAUCAGGCAUACACAACCCCCGACCUGAUCAGUUCUGUAUCCACCGAGUCAACGGCAACACUAACACCCUCCUCACUACGGUCGAAUACAAGCCGCCCCACAAGCUUUCUGUCGAAGCCCUUCGCGUGGGGCUCAGGGAAAUGGACAUAUGGAAAUGCAUGGUCAGAGCAAAUAAAAUCACUACGGAUCACGCAGAAAAAUUGAAAUACAAUGCAGAGCGGCUCGUCUGCUCCGCCAUUGUCCAGGAAUACCAUGUGAUGAUCCAGGAGGGGCUCGAGUACUCUUAUGUAACGAAUGGGGUCGCUCGCAUCCUUCUCCGCGUUCCAUACGACGAUCCUAGCACAUUGUACUACUUUUUCUGUGAUCCUAACAGCGGAACAAAGUCUCCAAGAGCCGAAGACCUCCAUCGCUAG